CGCGCCCCGGGCCCGAUGCUGGCGCUGAGCGCCGCCCUCCGCCUCCUGCCCCGCACCCGGCCCCGGCCCGGGCUCGCCCGCGGCUGCGGCUCGGGCUCGGGGCCCGGCGCCCCGCGGAACCCGCUGGUCUACCUGGACGUGGGCGCCGACGAGCAGCCGCUGGGCCGCGUGGUGCUGGAGCUGAAAGCUGAUGUCGUUCCAAAGACAGCAGAAAACUUCAGAGCUCUUUGUACUGGUGAAAAAGGAUUUGGUUAUAAAGGAUCCACUUUUCACAGAGUGAUUCCUUCGUUUAUGUGCCAGGGUGGUGACUUCACAAAUCAUAACGGAACUGGUGGAAAAUCCAUUUAUGGAAGUAGAUUUCAAGAUGAAAAUUUCAUACUUAAGCAUGUAGGACCUGGUGUUCUUUCAAUGGCUAAUGCAGGACCUAAUACAAAUGGAUCUCAGUUCUUCAUUUGCACUGCAAAAACAGACUGGCUAGAUGGAAAGCAUGUCGUUUUUGGGCAUGUCAAGGAAGGAAUGGAUGUUGUGAAAAAAAUCGAGAGCUUUGGUUCCAAGAAUGGAAAGACGUCCAAAAAGAUUGUUAUUACUGACUGUGGCCAGCUGUCAUAACCUUUUGCCCUGCCAUUCAGGACGACUUCAAUGCUGUGAAAAAUGGAUCAUAAAACCAAAACAUUUCUGAUCCCAUGAGUAGCACCUAUGGAGCCAUAUUUUCUGCUUUACUUGGUCCUACUUUUAUACUUCUAUUGAAUAAUACUGCUUGAAAGCAUAAAAUGUUUAAUAAAAACAUGUUUUAACCAAGGUACCUUGGUAGUCACUGCCACAGUCUCUUGGUAGAGAUUCCCACUGUGUUUUAAAAGAAGUAGUAUGGUAACUGAGAGCAUAUCUGACUGUCCUGUUAAUACCGUUCUUACUAUUUGGAUGCUUUGGGUGUUAGAAUUAAUUGGUGGUGGAGUUGACAACUAAAUAUUCUGUAAUUGACAGAUAGAUCAAAGAUAAAUUGAGAAACACUAUGUUCCCUUUGGUUCCAAAAUAGUCAUCUAUUUUGUUGUUUGUCUCAUCAUUUUUAAAAAAUGAUACUAACUAAUGCUCUCAAAACUAACUGCAACAAUACCAUCAAAUGUUUUCUUUCUGUGUCUCAAUUCAAGUCUUUUCACUAGAAUUAAUAUGUGUGGUUGUGGGUUUUUAAUUCGUCAGUUUCUGUAGUCUGACCACUGUUUAAAACUGAACUGAUCCUUGAUUCAAUGGAGCAAUUUGACUUCUGGGUUAAGUAAACUGCUUUAAGAUGAAGUAGCGUGCUGGUAGAGCUCUACCAGUUAGCUAAGACUACAAAUGAGACAAAAGAUGUGAAGUAUUAAUGCUUGUGGGAAAAGCACUUGACUGUUGUUGUGUGAUAAUCUUGUUACUGAAGAGAAAAAUAAAAUGUGAUAGCUCUUUUCAACUGUGAUUACUUCCACUGCAUUCUGCUAAUACAUGGGUUUAAAGCUAUUCUUUACUGCAAUUUUUUUCCACUGAGGGCUGCAUUCUUGUGUGUACAUAGUAUUCGGAGAAUAAUUUAACAGAAAAUGGAAUUGACACACUUUUUAUUCUUUCCUGUUUCAUCUAUCUUUGUAGUAUUUUUCAAAUAUUAAUUUGUGCUGUUUUGGCAUAUUUCAGUUUGAUAUGAUUGUUUUCUCUUAAUUCGUAUAUGAAAAAUAAUUAAAUACAGUUCUACCA